AUGAAGCAUUUGCGAGUCUUUGGAUCUGAAGCCUAUGUGCAUGUCCCGAAGCCACUCCGGAAGAAGCUAAGUCCUGUUUCGCAGAAAAUGACGUUCGUUGGAUAUUCGAUGGACCAUAAGGCGUGGAGGUUCUUGGACAUGACAUCGCUGAAGCUGGUUGUAAGCCGAGAUGCGGACUUCAUGGAGCUCCAUUCGGGAGGACAUCAGGCAAACCAAGACAUCGCGAGCAGGCCGGAAGUUUGGGAAUAUGAUCUGGAUGAACAGAAACAAGAACGGGUUCCUGUUGAGGAAGAUCCUGUGGCAGAUGUCGUAGAUCAGGAUGAAAGAGACACUGAUGACAAUCUUCAGGAGGAGUUUGAAUCUGCUGCCGAAUCGUCGUUUGAAGACCAGGAGGCGGACGUCACCGUCACACCGAGGCGUUCGGAAUGA